GGUAUUUCCUUAUGCAUUGCCAGAUUGUGGUAAUUCUUUUGGGGGAUUACUUUUGACCUCUGCUCAAAGACACUCCUUUCAGAAACGCAUACUCACAGGAAAUUAGCUCCAAACACUAGUUUCAGGAGCUACUCACGCAUGUGUGCAUUGUUUGAGAGCUCAUGGGGAUGCCACACCAUAGCAAGACCUAUGUAUCAGGUCUUGCUGAUCAUCCUGCAUUCGGCCCCUGCGGCUAGAUCUACAAGGAGCUCCAACAGCCUUUCCGGUUUAGGCAACAGUUCGCCCUGCAGGUGGGGCUUCUGCUGCCUGGCCGAUCACCGUACAGCAUGGAGAUCUUCGGCUUUGGCUCGUGGGAUGGUGAUCACUCGCCCUUACGACAAUAGACUGAAGGAUUCGGUCUCAAAGGCCAGGCAUGAUCAUGACAUCGGAAAUGCAACACCAUGCUAUCGCAAGUCUUUAAGAAUGAUCUACAGCUCUGAUCAGCAUACGACUUCAUAUAUACUUUAUUGACAUCUCCGAUCAACUCUUACAGAAAUUCAGGGCGGGGGACCACGGAUUCUCUCUGGACGCUCACAAAUCCAGUGUGCUAUUGCUCUUUGACAGAUAUAUUGGGAAUUGGCUCAUCCUAAUGUCCGUGUCGAUGAUUGCGAGCGGAUUAUCAGAAAGAGGGAAGAUCCG